AUGAUCAACAAGUUCUUCCUCCGCGGCCUCGGGUUCUUCAACGACGCGUACGACUUGUCCGUGAUCAACAUUAUCAACGUGAUCCUGGAGCAUCAGUACACGACCAAGGUGUACGACGCCAGCAUGAAGUCGAACGUGUCGGCGGCGGCGUUGAUCGGGGCGGUGCUGGGCCAGCUGGCGUUUGGGUUCUUGGGGGACGUGUACGGCCGCAAGAAGUGCAUGAUUGCAACGUGUGCGUUGCUGAUCGUGGGUGGCAUCAUGUGUGCGGCGGCGUACGGCGGGUCGGCGGUGAACACGCUGUGGUUCUUGGUGAUUGCGCGCGGUCUGCUGGGGUUCGGCAUCGGCGGCGAGUACCCUUUGGCAGCCGCGUCGUCGUCGGAAGAUGCGACGUCUCCCCAGGACCGCAACCGGCGCGUGGCGCUGACGUUUUCGUUGCAGGGGGUGGGUUUCGCGGCGGCGUCCCUCAUGGGGCUGCUCAUGGUGAACGUCCUGCAGGACAACGCGCACGACCUGGAAGUGAUGUGGCGCGUCUUGUUUGGUUUCGGCGUGUUGCCCGCGCUGUUCCUCGUGUACUUUCGCAUCACGGCGGAAGAAACGGAGGGGUACAAGAACAUGCUGGCUGGCGACGUGCACGUGGCCAAGAGUUUGUUGGGGACGGCCGGCACGUGGUUCUUGUUUGACAUUGUGUUUUACGCGCAAAACCUGUUCAGCGCCAGCAUCCUGUCGGUGGUUGGCGCCAAGAGCGACCUCAAGACGAUCGCGCUGCAAAACUUGCUGAUCGCGCUGGUGGCGCUGCCGGGGUACUACACGGCCGUGUGCUUCAUCAACAAGAUGGGCCGCAAGCUGAUCCAGCUGCAGGGGCUGGUCGUCAUGACCAUCAUCUUCCUCGUGCUCGCGAUCUGGUGGGAAGACAUCAAGCAGACGGCGUGGCUGUUUGUGAUUCUGUUUGGCUUGACUCUGUUCUUCUCCAACUUUGGGCCCAACAUGUCGACGUUCGUGAUGCCGACCGAGAUGUACCCGACGGCGAUCCGGAGUUCGUGCCACGGUUUUUCGGCCGCCAUGGGCAAAGCGGGGGCGUCUAUCGGGUCGUACGGGUUUUCGUUGUGGGUCAAGAACCCGAGCUUUGGCUACGCCGGCGCGUUCUACACCUUUGCCGCCAUCUCGCUCGCCACGAUCGUCUUGACGUGGUUUUGCAUGUUUGACAACAACGAGGGCAGCGAAGUCAUGGACGACGAGUUCAAAAACAAGUUGCUUGACGAAGACAAGGACACGCGUGUGUCAUUUUCUGCCGUUGCAGGUUACGCGCCGAGCAUUUCCCCCGCCAUCAAUGCAUAG